CGGGAGGAAGCCGCUUAGUUUUUCACAUUGGAGAUUCACACUGACAGACACGUUGUGAGAAACAUGAGUGACCUUGGGGGAGUGGGAGUGACGCCGUCCUCCAACCAGUCCUCAGUUGCCAACAGCAUCAACACCGACAGUUCGACUCACUGCAAACAGAUGGACACUUCGGGCCGCAUCUUCUUCAUGCUGAUCUACAGUCUGGUGUUUCUGGUGGGCUUGGUCCUGAACAGUGUCACUUUGAGGGUCUACUUCUGCAGAGCUCAGCAGAAGAUGUCAAGCAGCGUGACCGUCUACCUGAAGAACCUGGCAGCUGCCGACUUCCUGAUCAGCCUCAGUCUCCCCAUACGAAUCGCCCACUACGCCAGCGAGUCCGUCCCCGUCCACCGGAUGUACUGCAACUUUGGUGCCUCCGCCUUAUACCUCAACAUGUACAGCAGCAUCCUUUUCAUGGGUUACGUCGCAGCUAACAGGUAUCUGAAGAUCGUCCAUCCUUUGGGAACUCACAUCCUGCAGACGGUACAAGCCGCUCACAUCAUCUCCACGGUAACCUGGAUUUUCCUCCUGGGCAUGACGGCCACCUACGUCUUCAUGUCGCUCCUCACCCGGGAAUCAUUACCUUCUGUCCCCAUCACAGACAGCUGUGCCCUCCUGCACAGUCAACAACUCAGUCUGCUCUACAAAAUCAUCCACACCUGCUCCGCCGCCAUCUUCCUGUUCAUCCUCAUCUCCCUGGUCUUCUUCUACUACAGUACCUCCCGCAGGCUGUCGCUGGUACAGCAGCGACAGCCGGCAUCCUCCUGCUCGAAGAAACUCGCCAAAUCACGCAGGAACAUGUUGGUGUUGGUCAGCGUCUUCUGUGUUUGCUUCAUCCCUUACCACCUGGUCCGUCUUCCCUACGCCUUCCUGACUAGGCAGUGCUCCUGGAGCCCGGGGUUGUUCUACCUGAAGGAGGUGACCGUCAUGGUGUCGGUCCUCAACAUCUGCCUGGACCCGUUGAUCUACUUCAUCUUCUGCAAGGCCUUCCGGGCCCAGCUGAGCCUGAGGAGGGUGUUCAGCACCGCGCAGGUCGCAACGCGUGCACAGGAAUCUGAGAGGAGAAGCAUCAGCGGGCGUAUGAGCGCCAUCCGAAUCAACAGGCAGACACUGCUCAGCUUAGCGACAAAGCAGAGCAGUGGACCUAAUCUUAAAGCUAACACCAACACCCAUGACUUGUGUUGUUAA